UUUCAAAUAAAUAUUUAUUUUAGAGUGCAUGAUAAUUUGCAUAUUCUAAGAUGUUUUCUCUUGCCAUGGGAAAAAUACUGAGCCAAGGAUUUGUUCAUAUGAUUUCCACCCCCACAGAGAAAUUUAAGGCGGUCGUUCCCAACGUCGCAGCUCCUCCUCCUCCUUCUCUGCCGUAUUGCCACCCCCGUCCACGUAGGAUGACACGUCAUCGACAGCUAGUUUCCAAAUUCGUCCCCACAUGCGCCGUGUCCCAAGCCCCGCCGCUCCGUACCCGGACAAAACUCGUGCCACUUUCACCUAGCACGUGAACCCCACACUCCGGCUCGAGUCGCCGCCGCGCCCCUCUUUUCUAGGCGCCCUCGGUGCUCUCAAUUCCCAAAAUACCCAACCCACACUCCCAAAUUAACCCCGCAAAACAUAAAAUAAUAGGUAAAGUUUCCCAAUUUUUAAAAAAUAAUUGAAGAGCUAAUAAUAAUAGCCAAAAUUUCCCAUUUCCAUCCCAACACUUCGUAAAGCAACAGCCAUUGUUUUUUUCCUCUUAUAUUUUUCCCUUCCCAAAAUGCACCCCGUUACCGUUUUCCCCUCUAUUUAAACCAGCCAUCUCCUCCCAUCCCCUUCCCUGUUCCAAAGAGAAGCAGAGCAUUGGUUCCCAAGGAUAACAGAGAAACAGAGAUAGAGAGAGUUUAAGGUCUCCAAUGGCUGAGAAGCAAGAGGUGGACCAGGAGAGGUGCCCGGUGGAGGAGGUGGCCCUGGUGGUGCCGGAGACCGACGACAUGUCGCUCCCGGUGAUGACUUUCCGGGCUUGGUUCCUCGGCAUAACCUCAUGCACCGUCCUCAUCUUUCUCAACACCUUCUUCACCUAUCGCACCCAGCCGCUCACCAUCUCGGCGAUCCUGAUGCAGAUCUCCGUGCUGCCCCUGGGGCGGUUCAUGGCGUCGGCGCUCCCCAACAAGGAGGUGAAGGUCUUCGGGCAGUGGGGUUUCAACCUCAACCCGGGGCCGUUCAAUAUAAAGGAGCAUGUCAUCAUCACGGUGUUCGCCAACUGCGGCGUUUCGCCCGGCGGCGGGGAUGCCUACUCGAUCGGGGCGAUUACGGUGAUGAAGGCUUAUUACAGGCAGAGCUUGAGCUUCCUCUGCGGCCUUAUCAUUGUGAUGACCACACAGUUGCUGGGCUAUGGAUGGGCUGGCAUGAUGAGGAAAUUUUUGGUAGACCCUGUUGAAAUGUGGUGGCCUUCUACCCUGGCCCAAGUUUCCCUCUUCAGAGCUCUCCAUGAGAAGGAUUCACCUUCCAAAGGGCCAAGCAGAAUGAAGUUCUUCAUGAUAUUCUUUGUUGGAAGCUUUCUCUACUAUGCGCUGCCUGGCUAUCUCUUCCCCAUCCUGACAUUCUUUUCAUGGGUAUGUUGGGUAUGGCCUCAUAGCAUUACUGCUCAGCAGAUUGGGUCAGGAUACCAUGGCCUUGGCAUUGGAGCAUUUACACUUGAUUGGGCUGGAAUCUCAGCUUACCAUGGUAGCCCUCUGGUGACCCCAUGGUUCUCCAUUAUCAACACUGCUGUUGGCUUCAUCAUGUUCAUCUACAUCAUAGUCCCUUUGUGCUAUUGGAAAUAUAACACCUUCGAUGCCCGCAAGUUCCCUAUAUUCUCAAAUCAGCUCUUCACCUCUAAGGGGCUAAAAUAUGACACCACCAAGGUACUCACCCCUCAAUAUGAGCUAAAUGAAGCGGCAUACGACAAUUAUGGGAAGCUCUACCUGAGUCCUCUCUUCGCACUCUCGAUAGGAUCGGGGUUUGCUAGAUUUACUGCAACACUCACUCAUGUCUUCCUGUUCCAUGGCAGUGAUAUCUGGAGAAGGAGCAAGUCAGCAAUGAACUCCAUAAAGCUUGAUGUCCAUGCCAAGCUGAUGAAGAAGUAUAAAGAAGUUCCUCAGUGGUGGUUCCUCAUCCUACUAGCAGGAAGCACCGUUCUAUCUCUGUUGAUGUCUUUUGUUUGGAAAGAGCAGGUGCAGCUGCCUUGGUGGGGCAUGCUAUUUGCUUUUGGAUUAGCUUGGCUUGUCACUCUUCCCAUUGGAGUCAUUCAAGCAACCACUAAUCAGCAACCUGGCUAUGAUAUCAUAGCCCAGUUCUUGAUCGGUUACAUCCUCCCUGGUAAGCCAAUAGCUAAUCUCCUCUUCAAAAUUUAUGGGCGAAUCAGCACUGUCCAUGCCCUCUCCUUCCUGUCUGAUCUCAAAUUGGGACAUUAUAUGAAGAUUCCACCAAGGUGCAUGUACACUGCUCAGCUUGUAGGAACCAUCGUCGCCGGCAUCGUGAACCUUGCAGUGGCAUGGUGGAUGCUAGAAAACAUCGAAAACAUCUGCGACACCGACGUAUUGCCUUCUGAUAGCCCAUGGACCUGCCCGAAAUAUCGCGUCACCUUCGACGCAUCUGUUAUAUGGGGUCUCAUAGGCCCGAGCCGGCUCUUUGCUCAUGGCGGCCUGUACCGGAACUUGGUGUGGCUGUUCUUAAUUGGUGCAGUCCUUCCUGUGCCCAUAUGGCUAUUGAGCAAGAUGUACCCCAAGAAGAAGUGGAUCCCCCUUAUCAAUAUUCCAGUCAUCUCUUAUGGGUUUGCAGGAAUGCCUCCUGCAACACCAACCAACAUUGCUAGUUGGCUCAUUACGGGGACUGUCUUCAACUUCUUUGUAUUCCGAUUCAGGAAAGAGUGGUGGCGGAAGUAUAACUACGUCUUGUCGGCGGCCUUGGAUGCGGGCACUGCAUUCAUGGGUGUGCUACUGUUCCUUGCUCUCCAGAAUCAGGAUAUUGACGUGCAUUGGUGGGGGACGGAGGUUGAUCACUGCCCCUUGGCCUCAUGCCCGACCGAGCCCGGGAUCGCUGUUAAAGGAUGCCCUGUCUUCUGAUUAUGUGAUGUCUAGGACUUUUUGAAGAUGAUUAUUAGGUGAAGAGAGAGAGAAACUGAAUGGUAGUCUUGCUCCCUUGAUGCGUAGGAAUUGUUUGUAGCGUCUGUUAUGACUUUCUUAUCCUUCUACCUCUAUCCGUUAUAUAUAUUUGUGAUAAUUAAUAAUAGUUGAGGGAAGUUAUUCACUACCUCUAGAAAGAAUGCAACUGAAUGGUAAUGGUAAUGGAGAAGGAAGAGUUAGAAG